AUGGUGCGUAAGUUGGAAAUCACUAUGUUGUUUCAUGAGGUUAUCACUCAGAUGUCAUCCUAUCCCAAAUUCCUGAAGGACAUUCUCACAAAGAAGCGCGUCAUCGAGAAGGAAACCAUCACGCUUAAUCCCGAGUGCAGCGCCAUUCUUCAGCACGAUCUGCCACCGAAAAUGUCGGAUCCAGGUAGCUUCUCGAUUCCCUGCAAAUUGGGAAAUGUUUCUAUAGAUCGUGCUCUUUGUGAUUUAGGUGCCAGUGUAAGUCUCCUACCACUCUCCAUCUACAAGACUCUCAAUGUGGGAGAACUCAAACUGACUCGCAUGACUCUUCAACUAGCUGAUCGUUCGGUCAAAUAUCCUCUGGGUAUUCUCGAAGACGUCCCGUUGAAAGUAGGCGAUUACUACGUACAUGUCGAUUUCGUUGUGCUUGACAUGGACGAAGACUCCAAAAUCCCGAUUAUUCUAGGGCGGCCGUUCUUAAACACUGUGAACCUAUAUGAACCUAAAUCUAUAUGUCAAAUGCAAUCGUGCAAUCCUAGGAAGACCUACCUUAACUAUGGUCUAGUCAUCAGCUGGUGCAUCAUCUCUGAUGCCAUUGUCCACGUUCGUGCCGGCCAACUGACACUCAAGAUCGGCGACGAAACGGUGGAAUUCACGCUCGACCAGAAUUUCAAGCAACCAUCUACAGUGGACUCUAUAUGUUACAUCGACUUGAUGGAUGCUUUAGCCGAUAAGGGCUGUAGUACCUUUAUUGAUGAGGACAUCCAGAUCAUAGACGACAUAACGGAUGGGAGCUUGGACGAGGGAGCAUACUCGGAGCUAGGAGCUGAACCGGAAAAGGAGGAUCCGCCUAACCAAGCAAUGAGCAAGGAACCGAACAUGGCAGCUUCAAAACCGUACACGAUUCCAAUCCCGAUUCGCAUGGAUCCUCCCCUUACACGAUCCAAGACACGAACACUCCGACAACAAUUCAAUGCCUUCGUGUCUCAUGUUGUGAACGGGCCAAACGACGGAGAUGCGUGCCUCUUUACGUUCGGAAAGAACAAGACCCGACUUAUCCUCACUUGCCAAGAAUAG